GUUAAUCACUAAUAUAUGCCUUUCUUGGCCAGGUUGAAUUUAGAAGCUCGUGUCAAAGGUUAUGUUAGAAUUUCUUGGAUGUAUUGGUUUAAGAAGAUCUUAUAUCACCAAGUUGCUCUUGUUUACUUGCUUACCAGACUUGUGACUAAUGUCUCCCAGGCCUUUCUUGCUUUCUAUGUGAUCAAUGACCUGCAGAUGAGUCAGUCUUCAAAAGCUUUGGUCCCUGCAAUCAUUUAUAUCUGCAGUUUCGUUGUAUCUGUCCUGCUACAGGAGAUUACAUGGACAAGCCAGCGAUUGAAGGGCUUUUAUACUGUAGGAGGUCUCCUUUGGGUACUUUGUGGCACAGGAAUACUCUUGCUUCCAAGAAACAUGAAUGCCCUUAUGUAUAUCUUGUCGGUAUUGAUUGGCAUAGCAAAUGCCUUGAUAAUGGUGACUGGAGUGGGCAUGCAAAGUGUCUUGGUUGGCCGAGAUCUAAAUGGCUGUGCUUUUGUGUACGGAUCAUUGAGUUUUCUGGAUAAAAUGAUAUGUGGGUUGGCUUUGUUCAUUCUCGAGUCAUAUCAGAGAUCCUCUCCGGAAUUGCACAACUGCAGUACGAGAUGCCCAUACUUCUCCCUCAAUCGGUAUGCACUAGGUCUCGUUCCAGCGGUUUGUGCACUACUUGGGGUGAUAGUCACCUGCAGUAUGGACCUCCAGACACCCACAUUGAAACCUCUGGAGGAACCUCUACUGGGUUAACACCUAAAGAGCUGUUGAUCUAAUAAUCAGUCAUAUGUUAAAGAAAGGGAUUCAAGCCUUGCUGCUGUUAGGUAUUGUUUUAUACAGAUGAAUAUUUAUGCAGAUACCAGUUAGCUCAAGAUUAUACAGAACAUUAACUCCAUUUGUACUCUCCUUAGUAUCUUUUUUCAACCAAAUUAGGAUCCCUUAACAACAAAUCAUUUGUAUAGAUUCGGAUCCAUUAUCAGUUCAAUGAUUUGCAGAAAUGUAGGCUUGAACCUAAGCUGUCAAAAAUGUACAGAGUUUGAAAGGUUUAAAUGCUGUAAAAACUCUUGAAGAUCAGUAACAUGAUUGAAUUAUGAGA